AAUUUGGUGUAUCACAUUGAAUUUUGGAUUUACAGUGUUCGUCCACUAUUAGUUAAAUUAGCUAACUUUAAAUAAGCCCACAGGCAAGUCUGAUUUGUCUCACUAGAGUGCAGGCAGUUAUGUUUGUGCCAACUACUUUUAGAGGCAUCCCAAAAAAUAACAACAAUAAAAAUAACAGUCUGUCACUAUCACAACCAAUUACUGCGAGCUGCAAAUUUAACAUUUGCAAAAUUUCAAGCAGUUACCCAGAGAUUUGUACAACACUGCAGAACAGAACUCAGGAUUUGUUCACUGUUUUUAAACACAAGAAACUAAAUCACGCUCAGAAGUUAAAAGAUACCAUAUUUUUAUUUCCAUAAAAUCAUACUAUGAAAGCAUGUAGUUUUCACUUAUGGUCACUUCCCCGCCCCCCCUCAGAUCAAUGUAUAUACCUGAAACAUGUUUGCAAGAUAAUGCUAAGCAAUCUUGGUUUGUUUUCAGAUCACUGUGCAAACAUUCAAUAAGGUAUCUCCAAGCUUUACUUCAUAGGAUAUACAAUUUUCAUUACUGCAUUUUUAUUUCUAGUGCCACUCUGACAGAGGAAAAAGUGUAUGUUGCCUUCCAGCAACGUCAGUAACUGAUUGAGUUACUGGCAACAUUCAAAACAAUAGAGAAUUUUGCUUUAACAGACUAGACCACUGGUCCAAGUGCAAUAUCCUACUUCUCCAAAGUAUCUCUGACCUUGGGCUUUAACAAAGAAAUAAAAUGUGUAUGCUCAAAAGCACAAAAUGAUGUAAACAGACAAAACCACCCUUUCUCUUGACCACUGGAUCAGUUAGGCUCUAAAGCAAGAAACCUUCAGUGCAACAUCUUACCAUAGCAAGAUUCUCACAAUGCACAAAACUCUAGAAGAGGGAGCCCUGCUGAAGCAGGCUGUACAUUCAGGUAUGCAUCCAACAGGGUGAAGAAAUAACAUGCUUGGAAAUUACCAUCAGCACACACCUGCUUUAUGGGAACAGCAUCCCAAUGAUUGCUCAUCUUUUCUGUUCUCCUACUCCAUUAUGCCACAGCAAGUCUUUCAUAAGUACAUACUCAUUUGGUUGCCAACAUAUGCUGUACAUCAAGAAAAUCCUUCAGAAACAAAAAUACCAGUUUACAGAAAUAAGUGUUUUCAUUUUCCCUUCAGAUACCAAAGAUUAUUAAUACCUACUGAAAGGAAUCCACUGCAGAUCUUCGGUUGUUGCAGGUUUACAUAACUCUUUUGACAGGACUGGUAGGGCCUUCAAACAUACAUGUUCAUUUUUCCAGUCUUUCCUUGGACAAAUCUCAAACUUACUUCAAAAAGAAUUCUGUUCAUAUAAAAAAAAGCCUAGUGACAAGUCAGAGGUACGCUCUCAAACACAACACUAGGGGCAGAACACUUCCAAAGCCCAAGAAAUAACAGUAAUUACUCGUGCAAGAGAAAACACCUUCCUAGCUAGGCCUCCUGACUGACUAUCAUACAGCAGAAGGGCACAAGGUACACAAGGUUAUUGCUGCUGCAAUGCCUACCAGCCCCUGCAUGCAGAAUCACGUUUUAAACAGGUAAAACCAAACGAAAGACAACUUAUGUCAAAACAGGUUACAACAUUGUUGCAAUUUGAGUUACAGCGGUCAGGAAAUAACACAACACAAAUAAACUAGCAAGCAACAAAAAGCUUUACUGUUGGUCAAACUCUACUGUCCAUGCUGUUUCUCCAUCCUCCAGCGGCCAGACCACACUCCUUGUCUCUGUUUCAUCCACGUUUUUUUUCCCCACACUCCUCAGAGCUAUUUAACCACUUUGCUGUAGGAUCACUGCUGCACAUUGUCAAAGCAAGGCCACAGCUACAUAUUAUCAGUGUCAAUCAUUCCCCUACACAACAUGACUGUAAGACUAGAUGUAAGAACAGAUGGAGGUGAGCAAACCAGUAAAUAAGCUGCACUAUAGAAUCACAGCAUUGUUUAGAUUGGAAAAGUCCUUUAAGGUCAUUGAGUCCAACCAUUUCCUAGCACUGCCAAGUCUAACGCUAAACCAUGUCCCUAAGUGCCAAUCCCUCUAACGUAUGGGUUCUAAGCCAAUUGGUAAAUUCUCUCAUGCACUAAGGCCACUGAGAAAUCUUUAUCAUGAUACCUAACGCACCUUUGCUCAAGCCAAUUAAAAGAAGAAAACACCACACCCCCCAAGCACACUCUUGCACGCUUCUAAACAGGGAGUAGUGAAAAGGGUCAAGACGACUUGUGGGAAAGCGACUUACCUGGUAAGCAAGUAUAGAACUACUGCAGAAAAGCGAACAAAUGCCAAAACACAAACACCUGUUAUUGGGAGUCCUUGAAAAGUCCUGGCUCUCAUCUAUACAUCAACUGAAAAGAUCAGAAUUUCAAUCCACUCCAAAUACCAACAGCCAGGAAUCAGAAAAGUAGACAAGUAGCAGUCCAAAGCUACCAAAAUGCUGGACUUCCCUCUUCAGAGGUAUGGGCAAGAGAAUUUGCUAGUGAACAGAAGCAAAUGAAUUUUAAAUGUAUUUUAUUAUCAAGGGAAAAUAGCACUAUUUCCCUGAAGAGCUCAAAAUAAUCAUUACUAUAGAAAGCAAAAAUGUAACUGAAAGCAUCCUAGUCUACUUCCUUCCCCUCCUACACAUUCUGAUGUUCCUGCUCAUAAGGAUGACUCUAAAAUCCAAAAGCAUCUUUGUUCAUGGUGGGAUUCUCCUUUCAUUUAUUCAGCAGGUGACAAUCCAUCACUGAAGAAUGCAGAACUGAACAUAAACUGUUGGCAAGAAGUACUAGGUCUUGUCAGAGAAUCCUCUGACCUCAAGACUGAAAUUAUUUUUUACCUAACCAUGAACACAGCUGUUGUGAAAAAAAUAAUUUAAAAAUUAAGGUUCUGAUGAAAACAUUUGAGGAUAGCAAAUAAAAGGACAAAACUAACAAUUCAGUUUAUAUUUGCUUACAACCAUGACCAAACAGAUACACAUCUCACAGUUUAAAGCCUGACUAACAGCAAUUUAUUAUCUUAGUCUAUUGCACUUUUUAAAAGGUGGGCUUUUUUCCCCAAAUCGUCAAUUUAAAAAACAUGCUGUACUCAUAGAUGCUGCUCCACAAGUCAUUAUCCUCAAUUUAGAUAAGGGAAACACAUUCCAACCCUAAUACCUAACCUACUUCUACACCAAGGCUGUUAUGAGAAUACUGAAAAUCCUUACACAUAUCUGUAUUCAAAAAAUGUAUUUACACUUUAAUAGUAUGUCUUAUGAAGUAAAAAAAUAAAUCUGCUUUUGAAGAGGUCCAUAGUUUAAGAAUUUGAAAAUUCUUCAUACAUUUAACAUUACAGUAAUGAACAAAUACCCAAGACAUGUUUUCAAACAUUUUAUUUUUGUAUUGCAAACACAUCUGUACAUCAUGUGCAUUAGUAACUCUUGUUUUGUGAGAGUAAGGCCAUAAUUCAUAGGUUUUUCACAUAAUUUCUCUACAUUUCUCACAUCCUCGCCCCACACUGCCAGUUCUGACAACAAACAAACAAAAACACCAAAACCCAAACAAACCCCCCAAAACCAAACAACUCCCAGGAGUGGUGACUGUCAGCUGCCAUCUUUUCCAUACGUUUCCUUUCAGGAGUUACUAUUGCAUCCUAUCUUCCAGUUUUACUGUUCAUCUGACCGCUCCUUCAGCUUUUGUCACAUCAAAUUACUAAAGAGAAACUCGCUACACGUACUUAAGAUCAUUUUAAUAGGGGUAGGUUAAAAAAUAGCAACACACAGUUUUGACAGUGAGCCAGGGUCACAGGUCAACACCCAAUAGCCUCAGAAAGACGGCAAGCACUGAAAAGUGGCAAGCUCUCAAGCCCACCUCAGCUGCACCCAAACCUGGCUCAUACCUACAAUCGCACAUGCAGAGGCAAAGCAGCCUCACUUACAGGCAGCUUAACCAGGAGAGCCCUCACUGAUGACACCGACAUUACAAAAUUAAAGGAAAACUCAGGACAGCCAGGCGGUGGAGGCCUCUGCGAAAGCCAGCAUCAACUGUAAGGCUACUUUUGACUCUGCAUCUGUGGCGAGGAGAGACAUACACGGAACGGCACCGCCCGCCUGCGUGCGGUAUAAUCCCCUUCAACCCGCUAACUCCGGCUGCAGGGCACCGGGGAGCUUCACAAGCCAGGGUCUCGACGGACAGCCUGCAAGCAGGGGCUCCCUUCCUCUCACGCCCUCAGAAGACCGAGCCCGUGCAAGGGCUGGGAUCCUCCCACCGCAGGUGCCCGCCCAACGCCCCCUCCCGCCGGGGCACCACGAGCGCCCAGCACGGGCCUCCGGACCCAGCGCCACCCCCCGCGCGGGGACGGGGACGGGGACAACUGCCGCCGCCACAGGCGGAGCGGGCCCGCCGCGCGCGCUGCCCGGCGGAGCGUUGGCGCGAAGGCUCGGAGAGGCUCAGGUAGCCCCUCCCCGCCGCCGUCCCCAGCCCCGCCCCGCGAGGGGGAUGAAGGGGGCCGCGGCCGGCCUGGUGCUGGGAAGAGGAAGAGGGGAAACGCUCGCGGGCGGCGGCAGCGGCGGGCGGGGUCACGAACUCUGACCUUUCACAGGGGCACGGCACACAAAACAAAACACCACCCCCAUCCCCCCGCGCGGCCCCAUAAUACAGACCCGCCCCCCCCCCCCGCGGACCCCGUUAGCCCCCUCACCGCUGCCGCCCUCACGGGGGGAGGGAGGGCCGCCGCUGGGCACCACCACCCAACACCGGCCCGCCUGGGCCCGGGUCAGGGCCACCGCCAGGGCACGUUUGGCGCCAAUUCCUGAGGUUCUCUAAUGAUCUUGUUUCACCAUGGCAACCAAUAUGGAGGUGCUGGCUCAGCAGGUAGUGGAGACUCAGCAGGUGGCUGAGGUGCAGACUGUUCAGACUCCACUAUCUGAAUCUCCAGUGAUGACCAGCCCUUCCCAACGUAUCCAGAUAAUUUCCACAGACUCCUCUGUAGCUUCACCACAACGCAUUCAGAUUGUGACAGAUCAGCAAACAGGUCAAAAAAUCCAAAUAGUGACAGCAGUGGACUCAGCUGUGUCUCCAAAGCAACAGUUUAUUUUAGCCAGUCCAGAUGGAACUGGUGCAGGAAAGGUGAUAUUGGCAGCACCUGAGACAUCCAAUGCCAAACAGCUUAUCUUUACCACCACGGACAACAUUGUGCCAGGCAGAAUUCAGAUAGUGACAGACUCUGCUUCAGUGGAACGUUUGCUGGGAAAAGCUGAUGUUCAGCGGCCCCAGGUAGUAGAAUAUUGUGUAGUGUGUGGCGAUAAAGCAUCAGGUCGUCACUAUGGUGCUGUCAGUUGUGAGGGAUGCAAAGGUUUCUUUAAAAGGAGUGUGAGGAAGAAUUUGACCUACAGUUGUCGUAGCAACCAGGACUGUAUCAUCAAUAAACAUCAUCGGAAUCGCUGCCAGUUUUGUAGGCUUAAGAAAUGUCUAGAGAUGGGCAUGAAAAUGGAAUCGGUUCAAAGUGAAAGAAAGCCUUUUGACGUUCAGCGUGAAAAACCAACCAACUGUGCAGCUUCCACUGAAAAAAUCUAUAUCAGAAAAGAUCUGCGAAGCCCUCUAAUAGCAACUCCAACAUUUGUGGCAGAUAAAGAUGGGACACGGUCAGCAGGUCUUCUUGAUCCAGGAAUGCUUGUGAAUAUUCAGCAGCCUUUGAUCAGGGAUGAUGGAACAGUCCUCCUAGCUGCUGACUCCAAGGCUGAAACAAGCCAGGGUGCUUUAGGAACACUAGCAAAUGUUGUAACAUCUCUUGCUAAUCUCAGUGAGUCGCUAAAUAAUGGAGAUACUUCUGAAGUUCAACAAGAAGAGCAAUCUGCAAGUGAGAUUACACGGGCAUUUGAUACUUUGGCUAAAGCACUUAAUACCACAGAUGGUACAACAGCUCAUAACUUGGCAGAUGGGAUGGAUCCUACAGGAGGAGGGAAUAUUCAUGUAAUCAGUAGAGAUCAGUCAACACCAAUUAUUGAGGUGGAAGGACCCCUACUUACAGAUACACAUGUCACAUUUAAGCUGACGAUGCCCAGUCCCAUGCCAGAGUACCUUAAUGUACACUACAUCUGUGAGUCUGCAUCACGACUACUUUUCCUCUCUAUGCACUGGGCUAGGUCCAUACCUGCAUUUCAAGCUCUUGGGCAGGACUGUAAUACAAGCCUUGUGCGUGCUUGCUGGAAUGAGCUGUUUACCUUAGGCCUGGCACAGUGCGCACAGGUGAUGAGUCUGUCUACUAUCCUGGCAGCUAUUGUCAACCAUCUCCAGAACAGCAUACAGGAAGAUAAACUUUCUGGAGACAGAAUAAAGCAAGUCAUGGAACACAUCUGGAAACUUCAGGAGUUCUGUAACAGCAUGGCCAAGCUUGAUAUUGAUGGAUAUGAAUAUGCAUACCUUAAAGCUAUAGUCCUCUUUAGCCCUGAUCACCCUGGUCUGACCAGUUCAACCCAAAUAGAAAAAUUCCAGGAGAAGGCACAGAUGGAAUUGCAGGACUAUGUACAAAAAACCUAUCCAGAAGAUACUUAUAGGCUAGCCCGGAUUCUAGUUCGCCUGCCAGCACUUAGGCUGAUGAGCUCUAGCAUUACCGAGGAACUAUUUUUUACUGGUCUCAUUGGAAAUGUUCCCAUUGACAGCAUAAUCCCCUACAUUCUCAAAAUGGAAACAGCAGAAUAUAAUGGCCAAAUAACUGGCACGUCUGUGUAGUGGGAACACCGCAAUUUGAUGGAUUGAAGUAAUUUUCGUAAAAAACAUACAAUUACAAAGUUAAUAGCAUUUUGGUAUGUUCAAAUGUUUCCAACUUAUUACCAGUUUCCUAUCAGAUUUCGCCUUGUCUGUUUGCUGACAUUGACAAAAAUUUAAGCAGCUAUUCAAAGACCUGCUAUUGGACCUUUUCUGCCACAAGGAAUAUUUUUGAUGCCUUUCAUUUAAAAGGCUAUAGAUUACUGAACAUACUUUUCACAUGCUUUGUAUUUAGAAAUUAUCAGUGGUUAAAAAUAGAAUUUUAUAAUAUCAGAGAUUAGUAAUAAAAUUACUUUAAAAGUAAAAAAGAACAGUAUGUAUAUAUUUAAAAAUAUCCUUGGAAUUAAUACCUAAUAAAUGCCAGGGUAUAAUACUAGCACUUUGUAAGCACUUCUUGUCAAAGCGAUGAUGUCAUCAACAUCCUGCUUAUGAGUAUGGAAGAUGAAAAAAAUUGCAUAUGUCCUUAGUCAAAAUGCUAAUGAUUUCUGUGAAAAUGUAGAAUGCUACAGGAGACAAUCAUUUCUUCUACAAAGUCACUUGCUUUUUUGCUAAGAAAUAUUAAUGUGGAUUCUUAAAUCAGAUACCCACAUCAUAUGAAACUAUAAUCUGUUAAUUAGUGCAGUUGUAAUUCACAGUAUGAUGCAGUCAUAGUGACUAUGAUGUGCUAUAGUAAUUACCCAAACUAGGAGAAAAAAAAUUUAUUUCUUUCCACAGUAGCGAUGAAAUAUUCAGGUUCCUUAAAGUUUCUAUUCAGACCUACACAGCCAUGACAAAUGUUAUUCUAAGAGGAAGCCUUUUGAUUGUGGGGGAAAUCAGUCAUUAACUGGAAAGAACAGUCACUUUCAAGUACAGCUGUGUGAUGCUCUUUGAGUAUGCUCUUUGUUAUUUCCAAAUUUACUUCUUCUCUCUGUACUCCUGAACACCCUCAUCAUCCAGACAAAGGUACAAUUUAAAAUCUUAGAUGUGUAGAACCUGGCUGUCAGCAAGAGUAUAUUAAAAGCUCUCUUCCUUUGUUUCUUCCCCGCCUCCCUCCCCUCCCCUGACGGAGCACUCCCAGUUUUGCAGAGCUUUCAACCUUCCUGUGACUCAGUUUGAAACUGAAACACAGUCAGGAUUGACAUUCGGUCAUGUACAGUGGAAGAUAAUGUCCAAUGUACCAUGGAGUUGUAAAAUUAACUACUUUGUAAUUGUCUACAGUGAUGAGCCAUCAAUAUGUUUCCUAGUGUUGGCCAUUAGCUGCUAGCAUUGCUUCAUUUUAGUAUAAUUUAUUAUUGUUAUUGACAUUAAAUAUUUUAAACAAUCGAAGCUUAAAGAAAAGUCAUGGCAAUUAAUACUGUCAUCUGAUCCUGGCUCAUUAGACACAUCAAUUAUUGUAAUUAUUUGUAUGGUAGGUAGAGGCAUUUUCUACUUGUGUAUUUAUAUGUAACAAAAAUCUAAUGAUAAGUUAAGCACUUUUGGUUUUCUUUUGUUAUUGACACUUAAUUAGAAACACCAGCCAGGUUGGUGUUUGUGUCUUUUAAGGGUCUGAAUUGUAGCCAAAAGAUGAGGCUUCUGAUGUAAUGAAAAGUCCUUACCUGGUAUACUUCAUUCUCAUUAGAAGGCUCACGUUUGUAGCACUCAUUGUGAUAUGGAAGGCUAUUUAAUUUUAGCUUCUGGAUGCAUUACAGUCUUCUACAGUUACCAUUGUUACAGCAUUCAGAAUCUUCUUUUCUCCAAAGGGUGUUACAAAAAGUCCAAUAUACAUGCAGAGAUUUGUAAUAUUGCACUUUUGUUUCUCUCAGCUUUUACUGUAACAAAUGAAAUUGUCAUAUUUUUAAUGUGAUGGAAGGUCCACACUCAGAAUGUUAAGUCAACUGGAAUGCAGAAUUUUGUACUAGCUGUUUUAUUGCAGUGUAACUUCUUGUGUGAUUGUGUCCACGCUCCUGAUGCAAAGUCCCUGUUUUAAAGUUACACAACUUAAAAGUUAAUUGUGAUAUUAAUGUCAGAAGAAGUAGCUACCUUGGAAAGAACUGUGGCUGGUUUUGAUAAAAUUUAAAAUUUUAUCGCAUUAUGUUAUUGUUGUUCUAAAGUAUUAUGCAUAGAACUAUUGUGAUAUUUUCAUUGCAAAAAAGAUUAUGCAGGUUAAUUUGCUUUCAGUAUUCUGUAAAAAUCAUUUAAGCAGGUAAGUAAGCAUUGUUAAUUACAAAUUAAAUACUCCUUAGCACAAAACCUAGCCACUGGAAUCUUUUUUCCCCAAAUGCGAAUGUACACCAGCUGGCUUUUUCAUUACAAACAUAAUUUAAACUUCCAAUUUUUCAAGUAACCAAGGGCCCCGUUUUUGUGCAAAAAUUUGUUUUCCUAACUUUUCUUACUUGUGCUGUGAGCAUAACAGUUCAGGAAACAAAAUAAAGCCACUACAGUUUUUUGGGAACAGAGGGAUCGCAUGAAGCAAAAUGUAUGCAUUGCAUUACUUUUGUCAAUUAAAAUGGUAAAUAUCAUGCAGCUCUGUUUACAAAUAAACUACACUCCCCACAAAUGCAAGACCACAUAAUGAUAUCCUUCAUCCAUCUCUAGCAGUCACAUACUCUGCCAAUAGUUUCCAGGACUUUAGGGACAAACUAUUAAUUUGUGUUAAUGAAGUAACAACAAUGCAAUCCAUAUCUAGGGUUGGUUUAUUGUGCAUGCAUUUAAUAGGUGAAAUGUUCCAUACUGAAGAUUCUGAUAUUACCACCUAAAAGCUGUAAAGUCUCUCUUUAUAUAGCAUCAUCAGCAUGAUUUGCUGGCUUGCAUUUGUCAGAACCAAGAUAAUUUAGUCCUUAUGCCAUUAACAAAAAGUACUUUCUCUAACUGUACACUGUUAGGAUUCCACUUAUGACUAAUAGUUUGGACUGUAGAAAUGUGGAGAGCAUAUGGUAUAUCCUAGAGCUUAAGAAUUACUCAGAAUCUAAAUUUUUUUGCAUAUUGGAAUAUUAGCUAUAAAUAAUUAGAUAGAUGUGAUGAAUAACCUAGUCUUUCUCACUCAAGAGAAGUUAUUUUUGAUAUUAAUAUCAAAACAACACAAGCUGUUUUGUAACAGCUGCUCAAGGGCUGUUACAAAAAUGAGCCAGAUUUGGCAUAUGAUGGAGAGACACUGAAAGGAAUCACUUAAAACACUGCUACAUAAAAAUAUAAACCCUGUUCUCCACCGCAGUAGGGCUUCUUUGUGCUAAAUUCCAAGUGUAAUCACAGACUGGUUGAGGUUGGAAGGGACCUCUGAACAUCUGGUCCAACUCCAUGUUUUGAAACUAUCUCUGCAGAAAAUACUGCAGUGCUGAUGUAGUUCUUUUCAUUUCCGAGGUUUGUUUCAUCGCCUCUGCCAGUAACUGGAAGAUGGUAACAGGCUAAUCUUACUAGCUUUACUUUUAAAUUAAUUUAAUUUUGUUUCUUCUUUGCAAGUGCAAACUUUUGCUUAUGAAUAUGGGGCGGGAGAGUUUUUUAUUAUGGUAACAAUUAUUGAAAAACUGUUUCUUAAGUAUGGAAAUAGUUUUUGUUUUCAUAAAGGCCAAAUUUCAAUGCCAAACUUCUGUUUACAGAACUAGGAAUCAAGGGGUCACUGAAAGUGAUUCUAAGAAAAGUGUCAUCUCACUGAUCCUCUACUUGGUGCCUAAAAUCCACUCUCCAAGAUUUUCGAGUCCUGUUUCUGCUGCUCUUGAAAUGAAAUUAUUUAACUCAGUAGAAAUACAGUGAUAAACUAUCUGAUUAUAUCUAUGUGCACUUGAGCAUAUGUGUAUAUUGGUAAUAAUUCAUUCAGACAAAUGUUAGAAUUCUAUGCUGACUGAAACUGUGGCAUGCAGGGGGUGGUCAUGAAGCAGAGUAAUGUUCCUUCUCAAUGUGCUUCAUUGGUUUUCUAACUUUUGAGAAGGAACUGGAUUUGAAUCUUGCAGAUAAAAAGAACAGCGGUCAACAAUUGUGUAGGAGCAUUUUGGGUUAACUUUGUAAUAAUGAUUUUUAUUGCAUUUGUGGCAAGGGAAAGAAGGACUACUACUUCACUUCCAUUGAUUUCCUUACACUGAACUAAAGAGAUGCUGAACUGAGACCGUGUGCAAAAGUAAUCUUUCUCUGCCUAUUUACAUGGUUUGUAAAUCAGAUACAAUGCUUUUGGUGCCAGGUGGAGUUACUCUGGCAUGGAACUGGUAGAAGAGGAAAAAAUAAAUCUCCAAGGAGAGAUCCUUCAAAGAGAUCAUACAAGCCUUUAUUUUAGAUGCCCAAAAAUGUUAGUUGUUAAGGAAGCUUAGUUUUCAGAGCACUCUGGGGCAAGAAACUAUUGUUGGUCACCACUGAUUACUUGGUAUCUUUUGCCAAGUCUUUUUUUUAUCAUUGACUGAAGCCCUUGGCCCUCAGGGCAGCUGCAACACCUCUAGUCAACAGCACUGACUCAAGACUUCUAUGUUGAAUACAGCUGGCUCUGCGUUAUCAUUAUAGUACCCUUUGGCAGAGGGCAUAUUCUGAGGUGUAAUAGGGAAAACAAGUCAGGGCUGAAGCUUCCAGGCGAAACCAGUUUCCUGACUGUUUCUUCUUUGGCAGAGACUAAAACUUCAGUGAUUUCAUUCUUGUGUAUAGUAUGCAGGGCUUCUGCAGACUCCUGAAUGAUUUCAUCCAAGAUACUGAAGAUGGUUCUUUUUCAACUACACUUGCCCAUCAGAGAAACACAGAAAUAGCAGGCAAACAAGUAGGUUCCCAUCUGUCAUGGUAGUUUGCCACGCUACCAUACAACAGCCAGGACAGCUACUGCGGUGGUUUGCUCUGAUGAUAAGCAUGGGCCUGCUGCGAGAGCAGCACACAUCUGCAGUCCUAAUGCCUCCGUAUAUCCAGGGAGAAUCGACAAAAUGAGGCCAUGUUCACCCUGUAGACAAGAGUAAGGGGCAGAGGAAGGACGAAUUGCCAGCUUCUACUGAUCCUGAAUGACAGAAAAUUAGUUUAAAGAACAGCUUGAUAUGAAACAUUAACAAGAGGGCAUGGCAAAGGGGAGAAAAUGAAAACAUUUACUUUUUGCACCUCUUAAUUCUAAAGUUCCUGACUCAUUUUAACAGUAAAGUUUCCUGAACUAAGUUCAGGCUUAUUGUUUGAUGAAAAAUGUCAUAACCCCUCUUGCUAGAUAAUGCUACAACCCUGCUUCUGCUGUAGUCAGUGUUGUCAACAUUAUAUGGGAAGUUAUUUGUGCAAAAAAAUUCAGAACAUUAUUUAUACUGAGGUUGCAAGAUAAAGGAAAAUUCUUCAUAAAGUUUAAGUGCUCUAAGUCUAAAUAAUAUUAGACUUGGAAAACAUCAAGCCCCAGAAUUACCUUAUUACAGAGCUUUUUUUGUUGUGGAGUCAUGCCAAGUUCUUCACAGAUACUGUCAUAAUGUUCUGUAAUUCCCACAGCCUGUUUUAUUGUCUGAGUUACAUCAAUGCUUUGAAAGUGGCUUACUAUUGUUAAAUUCAUGCCUGUCCUCAUCCUUUUUAAAGGGUUUGAUAGAUUUUUACAUAUCUUUAUUUUGUGCCUCCCACUGUUGUGCAUUUCUGCGUGUUCAAGUCUAAACCUCAAGCAGCUAAUGCAUAUGUACAUAGUUGUAUGUAUGUGUGUAUGAAUGUAUAUGUUUAUACCUAUCCGUCUAAAUAUAUUAUGUACAGUGUAUAAAAAGGUGUAGUGUAUGUAUAUAUGUACAGAUAUGUAGCUGUGCAUUCAUACCAUUCUGUAUGUUAAAGCUUUUCAUUCAUUUGUUGAUCCAGAGCUUCCUAGUUUUAAUUUCUUAGUCCAAAAUAAGCCUUGUUUAAGCAGGUGAAUCCUCAUGAAUUUCAGAGCUUUGCACCUUUUUCUAAACUCAGCCUGAAUUUAGCAUUUUCUGUUCAGAACUGACAAGUAUAUUCUGUCAAUCUUCUGGUUUUUACGUUACUCCCUUUACCUUUUCUCAUUUGACGCGUAGAAUUCUGCCAGUGAAUAGUUAAUCAAACAUAUAAUGUAUGUUAACAACAAUAAAUAAAUACAGUCAUAGAAAAUACUUCCCUGUUUUCAGUACAUAAUCAUUCUCUUUCCAGCUUCUGAGAGACUUUUUUGUAAAUUUUUAUUUUGCAGUGAAACUUGGUAAGAGAUUGAUUUUUUCCAAGUGUUCAGCAGGGACUAAUCGGAAGAGAACCAAGUUGCCCUUUAUCACUGAACUGUUGCACACAGAAUAGGAUGCAGUGGAUGUUGUUGAAAAAAUCAAUGCUCAUAUUGCCGUAAUUAUAACCAUGAAACCAAACCGUUAAUUAAACAAAGACUAUGUGACUAUGUCCUCUCUUCAAUAAAACAACAUUUUUGUUACAGUGGUAACCAAAUAAGAGGGAGAUUACAGUUAGUUUAUUUCUUAGCAAGCAUCAAGACUUAUUCAGGAUCUUCACGAUGCAUUUCAAUUAGUAUAUUCAUUUCCCACGGUUAUUCUCUUUAUUAAGGUCUACUUAAACUAAACAAAGCUGGUUAGUUCAUUUAGCUGUCAGACUAGUGUCAGUUUUCAUGUUCUGUCCUUUCCUGAAACUGUUAUCUGUGCGGAUCUUUCAGUGUGUGUGUGAAGUUCCCAUUGUUCACGUGGGAGCUGGACACAUGGAGCAUUUAUGAAGUUGGACUUGCAGUAAGACAACUUAUUACUCAUAGGGAGUAUUCAAACAUCUAAAUUAUCAAAAUAUAAGUAGUUCUUGUUCCUUUUCCCUUCUGAUGAUUUAAGUUACAAAGGAAGCCUUUUGUAAAGUAAUUCUAUUGAGCAUUUCACAGACUGCGUGGGGGAGUAGUUCAGCAACUCUUGUUUCUGUCAUAUUAAAAAUGUGAAGUGGAAUUUUCUGGGCAUUUAUUUCUACCUUUUGUACUCAACGGGGCAAAGAUGUGUGUAUGUUUAAGCAGGCAAGGAGACACCAAUUAAAAUAAGCGUGCAAGAAGCUGCAUUAAACAAAAGCACAAGUCUCUUGGGGUCAGGCCUUCUGCUCGUGAAGUCUUUGCUGUGGAAAAUGCUAAGAAUGCUCUCUGUUUCUUACUAUAUUGUUUACUAAGCAUUUGUAGUAAGCUUUUGUUUCAAACCUUAUUUUUGAGAUUUUCAGCAGGAAAAUUACUUAAAUUAAUGGCAGGAAUUCCUGUGACAGAUGGUUCUUCAUUGCUGUCUUGACAAUCAGUGCUGUUUGAGUAAUGUUUGCUUUCCUCUUUAUUAGAGGCUGAAUGGAAACCUGAAUAUCUAUUAACGUCAUCGUACUGCAGUAACAUUUUUAAAGAUUGGGAAGCCAAAUGGGGUACUGAUCAGGAUUUAAUCUGUUUCAAAAUUAAAUUGUCAGUUUAGAAAAAAGCGUAUUUUAAAAUUGUGUACUUGUUUUAUAUACAUGUUGAAUUGUUUGUAUUCUGAAGGACAAAACAUGCUCAGAUUUAAGCGGCAAUAAAGGCUCUGUUGUAGUAUUAUGUGGAAACUGUACAAUGUGAAAUCAGCUCUCUCUAUUUUAUCACAGAAGGCAAAAGUCUGAGAAGCAUACCUACUGCCAGGUAUCUAACACCCCUGAAUAACUGGCUUCUCGUACAUUUUUUAAUGAUCUUAGAUAAAUGAUAAGAGGACACAGGUCCAUUAAAAAGUAUUUUUGCUGGUUGUGGGUUAAAAAUAAGACUGAAUAAAUUUCAAAUUAAAAGGAUAUUCUUUAAGAAGAAAGCACGUUACUUAAAGCAUGUAUGUUAAAAAUCUCAGAUAUGGAAACGACAUUGAAUGUGGGAAUAUUCUUAAUAACUAAUCUGUAUGCCAAAGUACAUUGCAAGUCAGUGUUCAAACAGUUCCAUAACUGAAAAACUGCAUUUUGUCUAAGUGUUGUAUCUAUUUGGCAUACCAGGAUGUUCUGAGCUGCUACAAAACCAGCAAAUUUUUAUAAAAGCAGUGAUCUACUCUUCAUUCCUUGGGGUAUUUUCUGGAAGUCUCUGUUUGUUAUAAUCAAGAAAACUAUUGUUUAUGUUACUAUAUUUUAAUGUCAAGUUAAAAAUAUUGCAAAAAUUGUUAAUUUCUCACAGCUGCUUUUCUGAAAUCAGCAUUGUUAUGUGUGAUAUCAUUAAAAAAUAACAGCAUGUUCUUUUUCUUAAUCCCUGUUUUAUAUCUAAACAACGUCUUCAGUCAUGAAGAGGAAUUUGCAUUGUUGUGUUUGUAUAUAGAGUAUUGCAGUGCAUGAUUUAGGUUAUGCAUUUUAUUAAAUGCUGUUUAAAUGUGGCAUUAUAUUGUUGUGGCUUACUACUACUACCUAAAUGAGGUUUAUAUCAUUAAAGAGAACUACAAAUAUAAA